AUUCAUUCUUUUUCAUUUCCGAUUCGAGGCUUGAGCUGAGCGCCUGUGACUAGCUCUACGUGUCGUACACCCUUGCUUGUGGAUUUGUAACGUUGGAACUUUAUACCCGAAUCCAGUGCAUUUGUAGAACUUUUUUAUAUUGAGGAUCUGACAGAAAAAAUACAUAAGUAAAAAGUAAAAUAGAAUAUAAAGUAAAGACUUAUUACGAAUCUAUUAAAUUAGGUCAUCCAUUGUCUUGAAAUCGGGACAUUUUCAUCGACGUGGAGUAGCUUGAUUGGAUCUUAUUUUGUACCAACAUACAAUUUUUGUGUAAGAACUGUUAAAAGUAAUUUGUAAGACUAAUAAAUAGCCGUACAAAUAGUGGUUUUCUUUGUGAAAGUUAGGGAAAAUCGUUUGCGCAGACUGCGCCUCCAUGUUGAAUGUACGCAGGGCGUGGCAGUAGACGAAUUGCGCAGUUGCUGUAAAUCUGUUAUGAAAUAAGCAAAUCAUGCCCCGUAUCGACCCUAUUCAAUUACUGAAGUGCCUCAGUGUACUUCUCUCGCCCACGGGUGGAAUCAAAAGCAAGGACGAAUUGCAGAGACUUGCAAAACUCAUGACAAAGUUUUCGAAGAAACUUGUAUCAAAAUGUAUUUAUAUACAAAUAUUAAAAUGCACGGAAAUGGAGCUGCUAGGCGUAUUUAUGGGAUCAGGAGGUUGGCGAUUAGUCCACAUGUGGCUGACGGAGAGUAUAGUUGCGAAAAACUGGCCACUUGUUCGGGAACUCUUAGAACUCCUUCUAUUAUGUCCAGUUGAUAUUGAAAGGCUGAAAACAAACAACUGUCCGAAACUUGUUAAAGAAUUAUCCAAGGACGGAAAUCAUAUCGCGAUCAGAGCAUUGGCCACUAAACUUGUUGAACAAUGGCUAAAGACAGUCAAAGGAGAAGUAGUAGAUCAAAUAAACAUUUCCGAUAUUCCACAAAUUAUUGCUGAUGCAAGUUCUCUAGUUAAUGUGGAAGCUAUGAACUGCAUGGAAACAGAACAGUCUGCAGAACCGCAAGUCAAGAAAGAAGUAUUAGAAUAUAAAGCAACUGCAGAUGAAAUAAAAACUGAAGCAUCUUUAGAGAAGGUUGAGGUGAAGGCAGAAUUAGAUGAAAGUGACAUUAAAAUUAAAGAAGAAGCUUCAAAAGAAAAAGAGACUUUACCGGUGUUGAAAAUAUCUUUGAAAGAUGGGAAGCAAGUAAUUUCACAAGUUGAUGAAAAUGAUGUUAAAUCCUCAAUAAAAACAGAGAAAUCCAAACAUAAGAAGGAAAAAUCUUCAGAAAAAUCUUCGAGCUCCUCAAAAUCUAGUUCUUCCAAACAUUCAAGCAAGUCGCAUUCGUCAAGUGAAAAACACAAAAGCAGUAGUCACCGCAGUAGCAGUAGUCCUAGCCAUCAUAGCAAAGAUAGAUCAAAGGACAAAGAAAGGCGUUCCUCUCAUAGUAGUAGUUCUAAAUCUAGUAAACAUAGUGAUAGCAGUAAGAAGUCAUCAGAAAAAACUAGCACGUCUAGUAGUCGUUCUAGCAAAGAAGAGAAGUCUAGUAGACAUAGUUCUGACAGCAGUAAAGAUAAUAAAUCGAAAGAUAAAGAUGACAAAAACUCAAAGGAUACAUCUAUAACUAAAACAGAGAAGUCUGAUAAACCCUCUAUUCAUAAACUGGGUAAAAUUCCCAAACUGAGUGAUAGUAAAAAAGAUAAACCUUCCAUAUCUAUAGAAGUUAGAAAACCCGAUGAACCGAAGCCUAAAACAGUCAAAACUUUUCAUUCUAAGUUUAGAUCUCAUGGCCUUGAGGAAGAAGUAAAACCACCUCCAUCUCGUGCAUCUUUGCUUAGCAAGAAAGUACUUCCAGCUUUACCACCAACUGUAUCCAUACCAAAACGACCAUCUCCAGUCCACAAUGAAUCUCCACCUGAAAAGAAAGCGAAAACUGUAGAACCUGUUGAGAAACCUGGGGCAAUCAAACUAAUACCUGCUAAGCCAAAGCCCAUGCUGCUGCUAGAGAGCGACAUGUUCAUGGAUGCGCUGAACGCGUCGGCCACCAACAAGAAGGAGCCCAAGAAGCGGAAGCGGCGCACCAGCGGCUCCAAGGACGGCAGCGGCGAGGCGUCGCCGCCGCACACGCCCGCCAGCCCCACGCGCGACGCCAAGCCCCCCAGGUUCUACCAGGACACGCUGGACACCGACGAUGACAAAGAUAAAUCUAUAGAGAAAGAGAAUGAGACUAAUGACAACACGGAAAAUAUAGAUUUAGAAAAGAAAGUAACCGAGAGCAUGGAAACCACAGAACCACACACCAUCACGGUGAACGGCCUGAAAGGUGUACUCUGCUAUCACAAAAAACGAGGCCCCAAAAAGAGUAUUAAAUGGAAGCCCGAAGCUGAAUUAGAAGAGGUCCAAUACUUUGAACUUGAUGAAACGGAGAGAGUGAAUGUCACAAAAACCUUUACGGACAUGAAGAAUUGGGAAAGAAUACACGAAAGAGAAGCGUUCCAGAAGGGCCGUAACCUUAGUAACGAGGACGUAAUGGAGGAGAAAACUAAUUGGAGACCGCUUAUUCCUAUUGAUACUGAAGGCCAAGUUCAUGUAGACUAUGGGAAAAAUAGUAAGGAAAAAGAUAUACAAGCCAUGCGUCAGAAAGGGACUUUACAGCCACUAUACUUCCAUAAGUCUAUGAUACCUGAUUCAGCACUAGAACCUGAGCCAGAAACACAUCUUUAUUCUGAACCGAGUAUUAUACCGUUAGAAGAUGUCACAGGUAACACGGACAAUAUAAGUGACUUCCGGAACAUGCCUUGGCCUGAACCUAAGGGCAACGCGCCUCCACAAUCUGCCUCUACUGUUAACGUGGCGCCCAUGUUUCAACCUAACAUGGCACAGUUUCCUAACAGUUUUCCGAAUCAAUUCCCUGGAGUUCCUCCUUUCCAAGCACCUACUAUGGUGCCAAAUGAUUGGCAGAAUGCAGUCCCUCCAAUGAUGGCAAACGGAAUGGCGGCGGGGCCCAUGGGGGCGAUGCCCCCGGGUGCCAUGCCCCCCGGCGCGAUGCCGCCAGGCAUGAUGAUGCCCGAGACCAUGAUGAUGGGCCCGGAAAUGUUUGGUGCCCCGAAUGCAAUGUUCGGUCCAGUGCCCCCGGAGGGAUUCAUGAUGGACAACAUGAUGGCCCCGAACAUGUUUCCUCCGGACUUCAAUAUGAGUGGCGGAGUGGUCGGGGGUGGCGGCGCGGAGGGGUUCCAGGGCGGCUCCUUCCGCGGCAACAUGCGCGGGCGCGGCGCGGGCGGCGGCGGCCACUGGCGCGGGAAGGGCUCGUGGGACGGGCCCCCGCGCGGCCGCGGUGGACACUCGCGAGGCGGAAGAAAAACCGUCUGUAUAUAUUUCCAAAGGAAAGGAUCGUGUCGACAAGGCGAUAAUUGUACAUUUUUACAUCCCGGUGUAAAUGGUCCAUAUUAAUACUAAACUAUACUUUAAACUAUGUUCGUUAAGAUUUGCAAUAAAAAUAGGCCAGCUGCCAUAAGUAAAUAAGUUAAAUGUAUAAAAUGAGUUAGAUACUCAGCAAAGACUGCUUAAUUGUAAAAAAAUGUAAAUUUAAUGUACAGAUUUCUGAUAAGGUACUUUUAUGUAGGACGUUAUUUUAUAAAAAUGAUAAAUAAACUGUUAUUUUGAACUUA